UUGAAUAUCCACUUCUUGAACUCCUUCGCACAUUAUCCACUUCCAGAAUUUUCCCUGGCACUGGCACUGGCAGGAAAGUUGCGGGAGGCGUUUAAGUGCGCUCCUGCAUUGGGGUCGUGGAGGGUCCCAGGAUACGGUGCAUAUCAACGUGGAAAGGAGGAUUUGACAGUCAAUGUAGCCGCACCACCCCUUGCAUCAUACCACCAUUGCCAAAGCGCUGAGCAAGUUUUAAGACCUGUCGGUUGAUCGAGCACAACGCCUUUCCUCCAUGUUCAGAAUGAGGGUCCACAACCCUGAUGCACCUCAAGCUUCCUCAUCAGGAAGAGGGUUUCGGCAGCGAACGUAGUACUGUUUCUUCGCAGGACAGUACUGGGAGUCUCACUUCCAAGCAGGUUGAGGAAACUGAGACUCUACAGGCUGCUGCGCAUGAAUCUUUGAACAGCGGGAAAGCAUUGCUUGACGGUCAAGGGAACGUUGCUGAAAAGCAGAGUUUGCUGAUACCAUCGGACCCCACUCUUGGGGGUGCCAAAGGAGGAGCAAGAUCUGAGCACUUUGAUAGAGGGGCAUCAGCAGUACCUGCUCAAGAAUCCAGCGAUGACAGCAUUGACUUCAGCGCACUGAACGGCGAUACCACACCACCGGCUGGUGACCUCAAUGCAGGCAGCCUCGAGCCACCACUGCAGAACAGAAACAAGCCUUCCGGGCUGAGCUUAUUUGCCAAGGGUUUCUUUGGGCCGGUGCCGCUUUCAUCGCUUGGCAGCCCCUUCCAAGAGUUCGUUCUGCAGACGAUCGCGAGCGAGGUUCUCAAAGAGGUCCGCUACGGGGCUGCUGGAAAAGCGGGGCAGCAGUCACGCAAGAUGAGCGCAGCUAAGCAAGUGGCCGUCUCGUUCGAUGACGUCCGGGAGAAGAAUCUGAAGCAGCUGCGGAAGCUGAACCAGGUGCUGUUCCCGGUGCGCUAUGAGGAGAAGUUCUACACGGACGUCCUAUCGUCCGGGGAGUACACAAAGCUUGCGUACUACAGCGACAUCUGCGUGGGGGCGAUCGCAAGCAAGCUGGAAAAGCGGCCAGAAGGCGGCCUGCGGCUCUACAUCAUGACGCUUGGUGUGCUGGCGCCUUACCGAAGGCUAGGCAUAGCGUCGAAGCUGCUACAGCACUGCCUGGACCUGUGUCAUGGGAACGCGGAGGUGCACGAGGCGUAUCUCCACGUACAGACCAGCCGCUACGAGGCAAUCGCGUUCUACAAGAAGUUCGGGUUUGAGAUCGUGGAGACGCUGGAAAACUACUACAAGAGGAUAGACCCGCCGCAUGCUUACGUGCUUAUGAAAACGUUACAGCCAUCGGCAGAGAGCUAGCAAGAUGCGCGUGAUUUUUUGUCGAACGUGGGGGAUAUCCGGGAAGGAGCUGUGGUCAGGGUGUGAUUGCGGAUAAUAAAUGAAGACUUCCAACGGCACGGGGACCAUUCGUGCUGACACGAUGUUCCAGGAAUAGAGUCGAGUCGGCGGGGUUCGACAGCUUUGAAGGAACUCGUUUUUUGGCGUUCAAUGGUCCGCAUUAACGGACGCGAUGAGACGAAGUUGGUCAAAUGUUUUCAUGUGCCUUUUGAGCCAGGUCAAUGAUGCUAGACGCCCUUUUUGAGAACUGAUCACUACUCUAAUCAAAGGGAUUCAAUUGUUGAGGCUAAGUUCGACAAGAGCGAGUUCUCUAUCAUGAUGCCAACCGCUUCAACUAAGGAACUCGUCAUG